UUUUAAUUUUUCUUUUUUUUUUCUUUUCUUUUAUAUAUAUAAACACACACACACACACACUUUGUACAUUCUUCUUUCAUCAAUGCAAAUCAUUAAUACUACACCUACAACAAAGAGCAUGCUUAGCACUAAACUCAUCACAUCUCGUAACAACAAGGCUCUCUUAAUCACAUCCAAUACAUCCACACGUCGUCGUUCUUCUACAUCUAGCCAUGGUAGUUACCAAAAGAAGAAGAUGAUUCGACCAGAUUCACCAAAAGAAGAAAGGGACGAACCCGUAUUCAACAUUGUUUACAAUGCCCAGGAUACAAUGAUGAUUACCCCUCCUCCCUCUCCAAAGUCGGCUCCCCUUUCCUCCUCUGCCUGUUGCUUUGAAGCCAAUGAUCGUAUCUUGACCGCCAAAAGAAAUGGUCAACUCAAGUCCGUCAUGAAUGAAUACAUGGCUCUUCAAAAGGAAGGUCUUUUAUUCACGGAUCAUACCUAUAACCUUAUUCUGGACUCUUAUGCCAGUCUCCGUUCCAACGGCACUCCCUUGACUCCCAUGAUGAAAAUCUAUAACGAAAUGAUUCAAUCUGAUAUCCAACCCAGUAGCUCUACCUACUCUAUUCUCAUCCGCACACUUUGCAAACGAGACGUCGAGGUCCAAAAGGUGAUUGCCAUGUUAAAGCGUCAACAUGCUCGUUCCUCCCACAUCAAGUCCAACAACAUGGUCGAACUCGAAUCCGAAGAAAACCUGCUCAAGGCCUUGGCUAUCUUUAACGCGGCUGUGUCUGAAAAUCUAGUACAAUAUUUCGAUGCUGAGCUUUAUAAUCAGAUCUUACGUGUCUUGUCGCACUAUGGUAACACAGUCGAGUCUCUCCGUGUUUAUCAGCAAUUAGAACUCCACUCGGUCCCUACCUCUGCUUCCUUUGCCGCUCUCAUCAACCUCUUUGGUCGUGUAGGCGAUCUUCCUUCGGCCUUGACUUACUUUGAAAAGUAUACACUCUUAAAGGAUUCCGUUGGCCCUCAUGAUGCUUCCUACGUUUACAAUGCCUUGGUCGAUGCUCAUCUCAAGUGCGAUCAUCUCGAGGGGGCUCUCAAAAUUGUCCGUGAAGAUAUGGCUACACAAGACGUCAAGGUUUCUACCAUUCCUUAUAAUUCCAUCAUUCGUUACUACUGUAUCGGCAACAAGAUGGAUGCUGCUGAGGAAUUAAUCCAAUCCAUGAAGGAAUCAGGUUUCCCUCAACCCGAUGCCAGUAGCUAUGGACCCAUCUUAUCUUCUUACUGUCAAGCAGAUGACUAUGAAAACGCCACACAGAUGUACGCUGCUCUUGUCAAGACAGAUAUCUCAAAGUCGUAUGGUAAUUUAGCCAACUAUGCCUUAUUGUGUUUGAAGGAAAACAAGUACGCUCGUAUCCUAGAGGUCAUGGGUGAUAUGCGUCAUGCUGGUUUAGAACCUGACUCUGUCUUGGCUGAACGUAUUGUCACACAAUUUGCUAAAUCUGGAAACGUGGAUAUCGCUAUCGAAGCUCUCUCUGCCAUUUUAGACACCAUGAAGCCUCGUACGCUCUCCAAGGGUAUGACACAAAUCAAGAACGCUGCUACUCAAGUGGCUUUAGCUGCCAAGGGAUCCUUCCAACCUACCUUAAAAGUAACACGUAUCCUGUCUCCUCACUGUCCUCACGGUUUACCUAUUCAAUUAGCCAAGGUCUUGAUUGAGAACUAUGAGUUUGAUGCCAACCAUGAAAUUAUCACAGAGACCGAUUACAGUCUUUUGUUUGAUGCCAGUAUCACUAUCGCCUCAGACCCUUCCACCCAUGCUCGUCACAACAAGUCUUCUCUCUCCCCUCUCUCCAUCUUUUGUUUCUGUCUCUUCAACGAGAUGACCGAACGAUCCUUCUCUGUCUCUCCUUCCAUCAAAUCACGUAUCUUGACUCAUUUCUUGCGUACCGGUGAUAAGAAGACCGCACAAAAAUGGGAGUCUCUCUUUGUCGAACAAGUGGUAGAACAAGCUACGGUCAAGACAGUAUCUGAAGCGGAAGAGGCAUCUACUGCUGUGAUGAAGGCAGCUAUUCAUGGUCAAUUGGAAGAAUGCUUGGAUAUCUUGCGUACACGACUCAUCGAUGCUGGUUUGGUACCUACUGCUGAAGCCUUGCGUGAUGCCAUUGCCUUUGUGGGAAAGCAAGGUCAUUUGGAGACCGCUGUUACCAUGUACCGUCUUGUGAUCAAGAGCUAUAAGGAAGCAACUCACUUGGAUGCUCCCCGUGUCGAAAGAGCCAUUUACUUGAUGACCAACAGUAUUCUCAUUGGGUAUGCUCAACAAGGUGAUAUGAUCAAUGCCAAGAAGUACUAUGAACAAAUCAAGUUGAUGGGACGUUACCCUGAUGGUAACGGUUAUGCCAGUCUCUUAUUGGGUAGUGCCAAAUGUGCUACAGACGAAGCCACAGAUGCCCUUACCAUGUAUGAUGAAGCCAAGCGUCGCGAUGUCAAGCCCACAACUUUCUUUUACAACGUGGUGAUUUCCAAGCUAGCCAAGGCACGUAAAUUGGAGUCUGCCAUGAAAUUAUUUGAAGAGAUGCAACAUUUCAAGAUCAUGCCCAACUCGAUUACCUAUGGUGCUAUUAUCUCUGCCUGUGUUCGUGCUGGUUCUGAACCUUUAUCUCGUAAAUUGUUUGCGGACAUGUUGGCCUCUCCUUCAUUCCAGCCACGUGUAGGUCCCUUUAAUAACAUGAUCCAGUUCUACGUACGUCAACAACCCGAUCGUGAAAGAGCCCUUGAAUACUUUGCAGAACUUCGUCGUCGUCAUAUCAAGCCCUCCGCUCAUACCUACAAGUUAUUGAUGGAAGCCUAUUCUGUGAUUGCCCCCUAUGAUAUGCCUACUGCGCAUCGCAUGUUAAGCGAGAUGGAACGCCGUGAUCAUAUCCGUCCUCAAGCCACACACUAUGCCACCCUCAUUUAUUCUUAUGGUACACUCCAACGUGAUGUCAAGAGCGCUGAACGUUUAUUUGGAGACAUGGAAGAAAAAGGUGUGAACAAGGACGAAGUUGUCUAUCAGGCCAUGUUGGAUACACUUGUGAGUAACGAUCGUUUAAAGUGUGCUGAAAAGUUGUAUGGUGAGAUGCAAAAGACCAUUGUCAAGAGCUCCUCUCCUUAUAUUGAAAAUGUGUUUAUCCGAGGUUAUGGACAAAAGGGUUUGUUGAACAAGGCACAGGCUAUGUUUGAUGCGAUGGCCGAUCAUCCGUUGGACGGUGAGGAUAGCUUGGUGGUGAUUCGUGAACCUAGUACCUAUGAAGCCAUGGUGCGUGCCUAUGUUGACAAUAAGAAAUUAGUCGAAGCCAAACUUAUCUUUGAUUUAAUGGUUCAACGUGAAUUCCCUGAAAAGGUCACUGCAUUGGUUGCUGAAUUGGUAUCCGUCUAAAAAAAAAAAAAUUCAUCAUCUCUUUUCCCCCCCCUUUUACUUUAUUACUUGCAUUGUAAAUACUUAAUAAAAUUGUACAUAUCAUUAUUUUCAUUCCUU